AUGGGAAAGGACUACUACAGAAUUCUAGGGGUCCCCAAAGACGCCUCGGAUGCCGAUCUGAAGAAGGCAUACCGCAAACUCGCGAUGAAGUGGCAUCCAGACAAGCAUGCAGAUGCUGAGGCCAAGAAAAAGGCAGAGGCGCAAUUCAAAGACAUCGCGGAGGCUUACGAUGUGCUGAGCGACAAGGAAAGGCGGCAGAUAUACGACAAAUUCGGCGAAGAGGGGCUUAAGGGAGGGGCAGCUCCCAGCGGAGCCCCAGGCGGGGCGAAUGUUUUCUAUAGGGAGGUCGACCCCAGCGAAAUUUUCUCACGCUUCUUCGGCACAGACAGAAUGGGAGGCGAUUCCGACGAUCCUUUCUCGCAUCCAAUCUUCGGGAUGGGGGGAAGCAGCGGGCCGUUUGGCAUGCGUUUCGCGACUUCGGGAAAUAGACGAUGCGGCAGUAUGCAAGGCAUGAGCACAAGCAGCAAGCCGCGAGCAUAUGAGCGAGAUUUGGUCUGUACGCUGGAAGAGCUGUACAGUUUCCACAAUGGUCAGCCGGUAAAGGAAGACAACGUUGUUACAGUGGAUGUAAAGGCGGGGUGGAAAGAAGGCACUAAGAUUACUUUUUCUGGUGAAGGCGGCCAGGAAACACCGAACGGUCCCCCAGGAGAUCUAAUAUUGUACGGAGAGCUGUUAUGCCUGCUGCAUUUUUAG